AUGACAUCUAACGUGUCAACUACGUCAGCCUUUGCAGCUCUUAGUUCUUGCCUUUCUAGUGAAUUGCGUUGUUUCUUUGAUGCUCUGGAGUGCAAUCAAGCCACUCACAGAAUAUUGCAUAUGCGUAAAGGACGGCAACAACUUGAGUCGUACCUGAUGAUGCAAUAUAGUGGUGCGACAAGCUUUGAGCAAUUGAUAAGGAAGAACUCGCUGCAAUGGGAGCAUCAUGUGAACAAAGCGGACAAGAGCAAUAAAUUAAGAGUGCAAAAACGCCAACUUUUAUCGAAUCUACUUCCUGGUUUGCAACACGUUAUCGAUAUCAGAGUGGGAAGACCUGGAAAACCAGACGACGCAGUGUACCUUGAAGAUGAGUAUGCGAGAAAGUGGCUGCCACGCGGUAACUGCAUAGCGAAGUGGAAAGAUAAGGAAAUGACGUACUGUUUUCCGCUGAUCCGUGGUUUACGAAAGUUCACAGGUCAAGAAGAUGAUGGCGAGCUUGCACAAGAGGAACAGAAAGACAAGCAUGGGAUCGAUGGAGAUUUAGCGAUACAAACUAAAAAAAAGAAGCUUUUGGACAACAGCAAACUAAAAGGGCAGUUAGAGAAGGAAAAGCAGUUGAAAUUUUUUACCAAGCCACAAAGUGAAAGCAGGUGGAUGAUUUCGACGACGAAGGAAAAUGGAGAAGCAGGUCAUUUGGCAGUACUCAAGCGCAGCGACGGCGACUUCAUUUACGUGCUUGGGUCAAAGAAUACGCACUUGAUAGCUCAAGUAGCUGAUGACGUCGAAAGGACCCAAAUGAUUCAUCAAAAAGAUGGUAGUGCUGAUAUGUUCUAUUCUGCGGCUCCAAUUGCGACCGCGAUUCUGCGAAUGCUUUCAGCAUUGGAACCGUCAAAACGUCGAUUGCUUCAAGAGUUUCUAUGGCAGACACGCGCCACAGCAUGUUUUGAAGUUUUGAUGCUAAAUCAUCAACACGUGCAGUCUCUGGACUAUUUGGUCGAGAAUACGCCUGUAUUUUAUGGCCUUUCUCUGAUGACAUUGAACCCGCUGGAAGGUGCCGAGAUUUGCGUUAAUCCGGUGCUGAUCUUUGAGAUCAUGCGCGCUCUUGGAGUCCGCACCGUAAAUUUUGAGAUCCUCGAAGUUGAUGGGAUUGGUGACAAAGCUGCGAUAGAACGUACUAAGAAUGACUACCAAGUCGAAGGAUGUGUUUAUUUGUUUUUGGAUGACAACGCUGUUGUGAUUGGUAUGCAGAAGCAGAAAAGUAUCUGGUAUGUUUGUCUUCGCGCUAUUCGAGAGAAAGCUAAGACAUUUUGCCGCACGUUAAUCUCCAAAAACUUCGGAAAGGACAGAACUGCACCUUUAUCUCCAGCCGAAGCACUGGAUCUAGUAAUGGAAUCGUUACAUAAGCGCUUUAUAGCCAUCAAACAGUUUCUUCAGAUAUCACUUGAAGUCUCUCAAGCCUACGAGACUUUGGGAAAGCAAUUUCUUGAGUAUCUGUAUCAAAAAGAGCUUUUUAAUGGAAAUUUUGCCGAAAUUAAUCAGGUAGAAAAAAUCAGACAGGUCGCCAGAGAUGUCAGCAAUUUUUUUCCCAUUGUUUGGAAAAAGUUUCUCAAUGAAACUGGUUUGAGUGAUUACAUCGUCAGCAACUAG